AUGGGUCUGAAUAUUCAGAAGAGAUCUGAAUGGAAAAAUGAAACGGAGGGGAAACUAUGUGGGAAUUUCUCUGAAGAAACUGAGCAGGAACCCUUUGAAGAGAAAGCUGUCCAUGCUGAUGGACAACAUCACACGGGGGAGAGGCCCUACAAAUGCUACGAGUGUGGGAAGAGCUUCAGUCACAGGGGCAGCCUCAAUGCGCAUCAGCGGAUGCACACGGGGGAGAAGCCGUACGGCUGCACGGACUGUGGGAAGAGCUUUUGGGAUCAGUCCAGCCUUAUUAGACAUAAGAGAACCCACACCGGGGAGAAGCCCUACACCUGCUCCGAGUGUGGGAAAAGCUUCAGUCAAAGCACAAACCUGACUUUGCAUCAAAGGGUGCACACUGACGGGAUGCUUCCGGAAGAGUCUCCCCAAAUGCUUAACAUGGGGAUGGCCAUAUACCCCUUGGCGCCAGAGCACCCGUAUCCAGCUCAACAACUCAGCUGCUACACUGCCGUAUCACAUUUUCUGAGGAAUGCGCAGGACUACGGGGUGGACCCUAAAUGGAUCGUGCUGGCUGGUGAUAGCAGCGGAGGCACACUUGUUGCCAGCACUGCUCAGCAACUUCUGAUGACAAAGGACCUGCCACAGCCCCGGGCCCACAUACUAAUCUAUCCUUUCCUACAAAGUCUGGAUUUCAAUUUACCUUCUUACCAGCAAAACCAGUCUAUUCCCCUCUUAAUCAGGAAAGAUGCUGUUCGUAUUGGCACAUUUUAUCUAUCGGGAACCAAUGCCUGGUUCAAUGAAGUUAUGGCCAAUGCCCACAUCCCGCAGGAACUCAGGGAAAAGUAUCAGAAAUGGAUAAGUGCAGAACAUAUUCCGGAGGAAUUUAAAGGCCGGGGUUACGUGCCGUUUGUACCUGGUCCGUUUUCAGAAGAUCUUUUCAAAAAAUGCAAAAGAGCUUUUGACCCCAUAUUUUCCCCACUCCUGGCGGAAGACGCCAUCAUCCAGCAGUUUCCAGAGACUUUCCUUUUAACCUGCGAAUACGACAUUUUCCGAGAUGAUGGCUUGCUCUAUAAGAAGAGGCUGGAAGACAACGGUGUCCCUGUCACCUGGGUUCACCUCAAGGACGGAUUCCAUGGGAUCGCCUUGCUGAUAGAUAUGGGGUCAAUACAGUUUCCAGGUACGAGGAAGAGUAUAAAUAGUGUAAUCCAAUUCCUAGAACGAUUCUAGAAAUCUAACAGCCUC